AUGGGAGCGAAUAUUGGUACUUCAGUCACCAACACUAUUGUCGCCAUCGGACAGAUGGGCGAUGGGGAUCAGCUCGAACGUGCGUUUGCUGGUGCCACCGUCCACGAUAUGUUUAACUUUUUGUCGGUGGCCGUACUCCUUCCUGUAGAAGUCAUUACUGGAUACCUCUACCACUUGACUAAGGCAAUGGUCAAGAAUGCAUCCACUGAGAAAGGAGAUAAAUGGGAAGGUCCCGUCAAGGUACUUGUUGCUCCUAUCGGUUCGAAGAUUAUCAUCGCGAAUAAGGAUAUUAUCAAGGCAAUUGCCCAGAAUAAAGGCAGCUGUGAUGAGGGCGACGGCUUCUACCCCAUGAACUGUACCGAGGACAGCUAUUCUGGCUGCGGCAAGUCAUUUGGUCUUAUAAGUUGUGACAAGAAGUCUGGAGACUGUCCUGCUUUCUUCCAGUCUGAUGCGUCUGCCAAGGAUGACAAGGUCUCCGGAGGUGUCGUCUUUUUCAUUUCUAUUGUCAUUCUUUUCACUUGUCUUGCCGGUCUUGUGACUGUCCUCCAGAAAAUGUUGCUCGGUAUGUCUUCUCGUAUUGUCUACAAGGCAACAAACAUUAACGGAUACCUUGCCAUUGUGAUUGGUGCUGGUAUCACCAUGGUAGUACAGUCUUCUUCCAUUACGACCUCUACGUUGACUCCUUUGGUUGGUAUGGGAGCUCUCCGUCUUGAACAGAUGUUACCCCUUACUCUCGGCGCUAAUAUUGGAACAACAAUGACUGCCAUCUUGUCAGCACUUGUCACAGAAGGAACUGGAUCUCUCCAGGUUGCACUAGCUCAUUUGUUCUUCAACUUGACUGGUAUUGCCAUCUGGUAUCCCCUUCCUUUUAUGCGCAACGUUCCGCUUGAAGCUGCUCGUAAACUUGGGCGGACAACACGAAUCUGGCGUGGCUUUCCUUUUCUUUAUAUUGCCGUGAUGUUCUUUCUUAUUCCGCUGCUUUUGCUUGGUCUCUCUUCUCUCUUUGAGGAUGGCAGUAAGGGUUUCACUGUUCUUGGAUCAUUUCUCACUAUUAUCCUUGGCCUUGGAAUCCUGUACGUCAUGUACUGGUGUCGUUACAAGGAGGGCCGGGAGAAAUGCUCAAGUUGCAUGGCCGAGCGUGAGAAGAAGCGCGUCAUUAUGAAGGAGCUUCCUGACGACAUGAUUUACCUCAAGGAACACAUGAAACGCCUCAUUGAGCACACUGGUCUUCCAAUUGUGGAAGAGGAAGACGCUGAAGCUGGCAAAGAGAUUGACGAAGGUGAUUCCGAUGAGGUAGAGGCCUAGGCUUCCGCCCCGUGAGGUAGAUAUCACUGAUUCUAGAAUUGGUUUGAGGUCCCCUCUAAAAUUUGGUUGUUUUAUUUGAAUAUUGUGCCAAGUCUGUUCUCGCUUGUUAAAGCUAGAGUUACUAUAAACCUUUGGAAUAUACCACGCU